AUGCGCGCAGCAUUGACGGCAUGUACAUCUCAUCUUCUGGUCUCGAAAAGAGCUGGGAGGCUGAAAGACGCCUUUGAUCGGACACCAUGUAGAGUCAAUUUUCGGCCGCUACCGCCCACUGUUGGCGCCUCCAAAAAAAAUCCUGCUCCGCAACCACCGACCACUUCGAUUACCAUCAACAAAUCAAUACUCAUGAUGCGCCAGUAA